AUGUCGAAUACAGGCGGAGAUGAUGGUGACGGCAACGCGCCACCAUCUGCUGAGAUAACAUCGGACACGCUUCAAAACCAGACAGAUGAAAGCACAGCAGAAGAGCCAGGAAGAUUGGGCGGAACAGCAACUCAAUCUAGGCCGGACAAUGGCGGUGGGCCGUCCUCUGAGCCAGCGGCGGCCGGACAACGAGACUCGGACGAUGGAGGCACGCAAGAUAUAAGUGCGACCGUGGGCCCGCAACAGGUAGAUGAUCCAGAGGCUACCCCAGUGCCUCCAAGACGAGCGCGACCACAAGGGUCGGACACCAGCGCGGAACAAACACCUUCGCCAUCUCAGUCCGGGCCUGAAACACCAUCACGCCCCGGUGGCUUCAUGUCAAGUUUGACCAGAUGGAUCGGUGGUACACCCACACCCAGGUCCCGACAAUCUUCCACAACCGCGGGUGGCAGCACAGGCAAUGUGACCCCGACUUCCUCCAACCCGGCAGGAUCAACUCGGUCUCGGCCUGGUUCCUUCAUAGAGGAGACAGCAACCCCAUCUACCGUAUUAUCGACUCCCGGCCUUGUUGGCCCCUCCCGUAGUAGGCUCAACAGUCAAGGCAGUAGUUCACAAGGGAGUGCAGGACCUUCCUCACAGAGACCCGAAGCUGGCUCCCGACAGACGCGCGCUAAUACGGGGCUCUCAGUCAAUACUGAGGCUGGCGAUUUCGAAGCCGUAGGAGAGAACACCCCCACCCCCAUCGGAGCACGGGGCCAUCCCUUUUCCGCGGGCGCAGAUGACAACGCAGACAGCUUACCUACCACUCCCUUCGACCCGCAGUGGGAGCUCACCAGACGUAACCGCUCCUUGCUCGGUAUAUAUGAAAUAAUCAGGACCCGGGGAGUCGCGACAAAUUUCACGUCAUGGGACGAAGGCCGUGACAGGAUAAGGGAGUGGAGAUUCCAGAUAGGCACCAGCACUCUGGACGUCAUGGCAGAUGAGGGAGUGGCGAGCAUGAGGGAUGUCCUCGCAAGGGCUGGGGCAAACGUUCCGGAUGUUAUCCAGGCUCAAAUUCUCCAGGAAGUGCGGAGAAGAGGACACGCGACUAGGGACACAGUGAACAAUGCACUCGUCGACGAGACGGCUUUUCUGGACAGGACGGCCAAUAAUAUAGUGGAUCUCAUUGACAGUGCGAAUACACAAGGCCGCCAGAGAGGCGCCUCAAGCACGCGAUCGUUCGGGUCACAAUCGUCGCAGCCGGAACCCGCUCCAAUGGAGCGCAGAGCGUUGAUGAGGAACACGAGGGAACAACUCGUAGACAUCGUUCUGGCCACAGAGCAGCGACGUUUGGACAACGCAGACCGCGUGGCUGAGCUCGAAGAUGAGGCGGCUGCAACUGCAGAGACACACGAGACAGAACUCAGGCGUGGCCAGGCUGAAGCGAAUAACCUUCGGGCCGAACACCGAAGACAAAUCCAAGAUCUUCAAACCGAGUUGGACUACUAUCGUGAUCUUGUAGAGGGAGGCGGCGUCUCAGCCGAUCCACCAGUAGCACAAGCUCCGGUGCCGCCGUCGCCAUCUCAAAGCGAGUCUCAAGAAUCCGCGCAUUCCACUCGACCCAGAUCGCAGACGGGAUCGCCACCCAGAUCACCAGCGCGCGAACAGGCCUUUGAGGACCUCAGGACCAUUUUCGCCGACAUGGUAAGGCACGAGGGUCUGAUGCGGCGGCUUCAAGAAAGGGCCGGCCUCGAACCUGAGCCUGCGGAUGCCGCCACGCCGCCAUGGUCGGUCAACGCUCAGCUGUCCAGGGCCGGGCUUCUACUCCAGCUCCGCACCGUCGCCGGCGAGAGAAAUGAAGCCAGGGAGAGCGAGAACCGGCUCCAGGCGCGGGUCGACGCGCUCGAAGCUGCGAGAGCUUCUCCUCCCAGCCAACGAAACAGUGGACUGUUUGCCAACUUAUUCGGAGGUAACCGCCAAAGACAGCCAUCCAGUGCCGAUUCGGGAAGCCGAUCGGGCUCGCACGGAAAUCUAGACACGCCUACCAUGAAUUUGGCUGACGAGCUAGAGGCUCAAGGCAGUGGACAAUCAAGUGCUGUGAGUGGGCAACCAAGUGCUUCUGGGAGGCAAUUAGAGGCGUCCGGAAGGCAAUCGAGUGCGUCCGAGAGGCAAUCAAAUGCUUCUAGCAGCCAAUCUUGGGCGUCGGCGAGGCAGUCAGGGGCGUCCGAUGGACAACCAGAGGCUGCGAAUCCCGCGCCUCUCCGCGUGAUUCCCGAAUGGUUGGCCACACACCCUAACGAACCUUGCGGCGACUGCGUCCCAACAUUCCGUUUCCCCCCGGAUCUGGGUGAGCUGCCAACCUGUGGCUGCACGUGCGAUCUCGCUCUGGGGAACCCGCCGCCGUCUGCGGCGGGGUCGUCGAGGUCGGGGUCGUCGAGGUCCAGGGCUAGUAGCAACCGCAGUGUGAGGUUUGCAGACGACGGGACCACGGGAGACCAAAACAACGGCAGGAGGAGGCCCGAUCCACUCGAUUUGUCCGCACUCACCAUCACUGAAGAGGACGACGCUGAUCGGCCAGGCACACCGUACCCGGCGGGAGCGGACGGCGGCCAACCUGGCGCCUCAGCCUCGGAUGCGCAGUUGGAGGCCCCGGUGCUGGCAAUAUCUGGUGGCGCACGUAGCGCGAGAUGCCCCUGCUGUGGCAGGGGCGCAUAUGGCAAUCCUCCUGCGGCUGGAGGGCCACAGGUCGCUUUCUACACUUGUAGAAACAUGGCCGGGCAACGAGAGCCUCCACCAGCCGAGGCGCCCAUGAGCCUUGCCGAGGGUCUGAGGGACGUCUUCGCGUCGGCGGCUGGCAUUGUUGCCCCUGGGGCAAGAAACAGAGCAAACACAGACCCUCUUCCUGGACGCGGACCUGGCGCCCCUGCGGUGCCGGUGGGAGGACCAAGAGGAAACGCAGGCCCCCCUCCGGUUGGCGUCCCAGGAAUACCACCCCGGGCCCAUGGUGAUUUGCCAGGCCGUAGGCGGGCACCUCGAGACCCGAUGAUGACGAUCCUGACACUGUUUUGGGACUUGCUGCUCCUCCCACUGCUAAAGAUUCGUGACUUCUUUUGGGUCUUAUGGUCGAUGCUGCGACUGUUAUGGGAAUAUGCCUUAUACCUCAAUCUGCGAUAUGUGGCGCAGCGGAACGUGAUACGCCCCAUCCCUAUCGGAAUUUCGAUGUUGGGGAUCUGGCAGAUUGUGGCGUGGAUCGUAGGCUUAUGGUUCAUCACGAUACUCAUCGCCGUGUACGAGGAGAGGAGGAUAUGGAAGGCUGCGAACGCUCAUAUCACGGCGGCAUACGUCAGAGGGGCCGUACUCCGCAGGCCGUACCCGUGGUGGUCGGUGUUCCAGAUUGACUAUGGCUUACUGAGGCCAGCUUUCGGCAGAUUUUCCGAGUGGCUUCAUGGAUGGUAUUUUGGUAGAUAG